CCCUCAAACCUUACAACAUGCCGCAGCCACAUAUACCGGGGGUGCCUCCUGGUGUGCCAGGUAAUAAACAUCACGCCUCACGCAGCUCUCCGCCGAGCUCGUCGACGCGCUCAACCUCUACCACCACCUCAUGCGGGAACCCCUCAAACCUUACAACAUGCCGCAGCCACAUAUACCGGGGGUGCCUCCUGGUGUGCCAGGUGUGCCGGGGCCGUCGCUGCCGCCACACUUGCAGCAGCUGCACUACUUCCCGCCCCCCGGGCCGCAGCAUCCUCCCGGACCGCCACCGCAACCUAGGUGCUGAGACCGCGGGCGCGUUGUUAAUACGAUUUUAUUACCGACUUAUUGUUAAUCCUGUACCCGUAUUUAUUUUCAAGCACGUUAAUCGCAAAAUAGCAUUCCGUGCGUUCGCGCACUGUUUGUACCUUAAAGGGUUAGGUUAGUUUAAAAAUUAUCUGAGUCUCUAUUCGGAGGUAUUUAUUAGUUCUUGAUAUCGCUGGUUUUUUUAAAUAUGGGCAUUUUCAGUUAAAAUUGUACCAUUUGCUCUUUUUCGAAAAACUAUCAAGAUUUAGGUUAUUUCUUCUCAGAAUCACAAGGGCUACCAAUUAAAAAAUAAAUGUCCUUAAAAAUUACAAGGUUUUGAAGCAUUUUGACAUACAUUUUGUAUGGACCGUUACAACACUGACAUCCAAUAUUUGUAUGAAAAACUGCGGACACUUUUUUCUUUAAUUCAAUCAAUUCAAUAGUCCUCGUAAUUCUGAGUCCAAAUAACCCAAACAUUGUUACUGUUUCGAAAAAAAAAAUGGUACACUGAAACCGUCUCUUUGUCAAAUACGACCGACAACACUUAGUCGAAAGGGGCCCACUGAUUACCAGUUCGCCGGACGAUAUCGGCCUAUCAGUUGUUCGGAAGUGUCAAAUUUUUGUUCUAACUUACAGGCUGAUAUCGUCCGGCGGACUGAUAAUCAGUGGGUCCCUUUAUCAAAACUUUAUUGAUUGCAGAAAAUGAAAACUGUAAGAAAAAAUCUUGAGGUACAUUAGGCUGUUCGGCCUAAAUUCGAAGGAUGAACUUUAUAUGUAUGUAACGUCUUUGGUCUUAGCACGUCUUAGAUAUUGUACAGUCGCCAUCAAAUAUAUCGGAGCGGCCAAGGUGCUCAUAAAUAUCUGAACACGCCUCUAUUGUCAAGGCGCUAGGUGCGUGUUCAGAUAUUUUUGAGCACCUCGGCCGCUCCGAUAUAUCUGAUGGCGACUGUUCAUGGUAUAAUUCCAAUUUCGACUGCAAGCGAUUCUGUAGCUGCAUUCUGUAACUGCAAUGCUAAAUUGAUCCCACGAAAUGGGUUGCUAAUGAAAUGAAAUGGAAAUCGCAAUUGUACCUUUAGAGAUCCUAGAAAAACUUAGUGUCACACACUGUCAAUAAAUAUUUUCGAAUAGGGCUGUUUUAUCCCCGUGUAAGAAAUGUUAAAGAGUUAUUUAAAUUGUCGGAGUUGUUGAUGGAAAUAUUAUAAUCGAAAUUUGUCUGUAAGCAAGUUUGUGUAUAAUAAUGGACAUGCAAUAAAAGACUAAUCAUUA